GCUGCUGCCAGCUACGUAUGUUCCUGCUUGCAAUGACUCGUGUCAUAAUUUAUGUACAUUCAUUGCUUUCGGAGGCGUUCUUCAGCGUUAAGCAAAAGUCCAAUCGGGAUAGUGAAAAAUCGUCUCGUGAUUUUUAAUCGAAAAAAAUAAGUUGAAUUUGAAAUGUCAGUGGCGAGUUUAGCGGACGAAUUAGAAAACUUGGCCUUAACCCGCCAUGAUUCUAGCAAGGCCGAAAUUCGCCAAAAGAUGUGGUCUGCCAUGCGGCACCCAGACAGACUGAUUCGCAUCAGAGGUCAAUACCGCACUCAAAACAAGAUUCCCAAUUUCAGGGAUAGCGAUAAGGCUACAAAUCGCUUGACGGAUCAUUGCAUCUUCGAAAGAGCCCAAGUGGUCAAGGUCAAUCCAUCGUUGGCACAAUUAACAUUGAGACGCCAUAUUUUGAGUAAAACGGAUAAACUACUCAUCAUGCCUAGCAAGACCCUUCGGUCCCAAUCGAUUUGCCUGAGUUUGGACGGAGAAGGCCAGACAGAAAAGUGGUGCUAUGAUUCGUCGUUUCAAUCUGGGGCCAAUCGAAACAGCACGCCCUUGAGCUUCACGGAUUGGCCCCCCGGUCUCUUCAUCGAAUUGUUCGUAGUGGGGAGCGUGGCCGUCAGUCCCCAAGGCGUUCGAUUGGGCAAGGGACUCGGUUUGGACGAACUGGAAUGGGCUAUCCUUUGGCAGCUGGGGGCCGUGAAUAAGAGCACUGUGGUGGCUACAACGGUGCAUGAGUCUCAGAUUGUUUCGGAUCAAGAGCUCCCUGAGAGCCUGAUGAAUGCCUGCGAUUUGCCCGUGGAAUUGAUUGUCACGCCCGAUCGAACAAUCCAGGUGGAGAAGCCAUUGUCCAAGCCCAACAAAGGCCAAGUUGAUUGGGAUCAUUUCGACGAGUCCAAAGUGAAAGACGUUCCAAUUUUGGCCCAUUUGAAAGCCAUGGAUGAGAAGAAAAAGGACACAGAUUCGAAUUGAAUUCCAAAAGAGACUUGCUACUUCCGUUAAAUCCGUUAUUUUUGUUGUGGUUAAAUCUAUAGAGGCCAAUCAACCAGUCCAUGACCAUACUGAAUGAAAUAGAAUGCCCAUUUCUUUCGA